UAUUCCGUUCCCUCGGACUCGGCCUUUGCAGCAAACCUCUGUCAUGGUCAAACGCACAGCGACAGAGCUCCAGGAGUCGGGUGAGUCAGCCCAGAGGAAGCUGCCCCGCGGAAGCGAGCGCAGAGAAAAUGCCGCCAAGCCGGAGGAGAUGGGCAAGUUCGAGGACGACUGGGAGGACGAGUACGAGAGCGAUGAGGAUGUUGUGGACGACGAGGCGGAGGAAGGGCCCGAUGCAAUGGACAUCGACGAGGUCAUGCCUGCCAUCGAAGAGUCCGACGAAACAGCACCAGCAUCGAACACCUUCAUUGCUGGUGUCCACAAACUGGAACAGGAUGAGAUAUUGGAACCAGAUGACUCUGUGUACAUCAUGCGACAUUCCAUGAACGUCAACUGGCCAUGUCUAUCCUUCGAUGUCCUGCGGGACAACUUGGGCGAUCAACGGCAGCGUUUCCCCGCUACUGCCUACGUCGUAGCCGGGACGCAAGCGGAUACCGCAAAAAAUAACGAGCUCUCUGUAUACAAGAUAAGCUCGCUUCAACGUACUCAGAAAGAUCCUGAUGCGUCCGAUGAAGAAGACGACGACGACGACGAUGCGCUCGACGAGGAUCCCAUCCUAGACUUCCGAUCCGUCCCUCACCUGGGCGGUGUCAACCGCGUCAGGGCACAACCAUUGCCGUCAUCAUCUGCCCUACCACCCGUGUCUCAGCCGUAUUAUGUCGCAAGCUGGGCAGAAACGGGCAAGGUGCACAUCUGGGACGUACGGCCGCUCAUUGAAGCGCUAGACGUUCCGGGCUAUUCUCCAGACAAGUCACGAACCCAUAGCCCUGCCUUCACGGUCACUUCCCAUGGACGCGCAGAGGGAUUCGCGAUGGACUGGGCAUCAUCCGGCGGAUCCAGUCCCUCCGCCUUGCGACUUCUCACAGGAGAUGUCCAGUCGAAAAUUUACCUUACAACAACGACCCCUUCCGGGUUCAAUGCGCUGUCGCAGCCGUUCGUCUCGCACACAUCUAGUGUGGAGGAUCUGCAGUGGAGCCCGACGGAGGCCACCGUAUUUGCAUCUUGCUCCGCCGACCAGAGCGUCCAAGUGUGGGACGUGCGAAGCAAGGGUCGACGGAGUGUAGCGGGCAUUGAGCGGGCUCACGAGGCAGAUGUGAACGUCAUCAGCUGGAGUCGCUCGACAACGUACCUUCUUCUGAGCGGAGGAGAUGAAGGUGGCAUCAAAGUAUGGGACCUACGAAACGUCACAAAGAAAGGGACGUCCGCCCCAGACCCUACACCUGUGGCCACAUUCAACUGGCACCGGGCGCCGGUCACUUCCAUUGAAUGGCAUCCUACGGAAGACUCUAUCUUUGCCGCUUCAGGAGCGGAUGAUCAGGUUACACUGUGGGACCUCGCGGUUGAACAGGACGACGAAGAGACUGGGGCGAUGGAGGAGACACCAGAAGGCGGUCAUGACAUACCCCCUCAGCUGCUCUUCGUGCAUCAGGGUCAGAAGGACGUCAAGGAAGUGCAUUGGCAUCCUCAGAUACCUGGCGCAGUCAUUAGCACCGCGCUAGAUGGCUUCAAUAUAUUCAAGACCAUUUCUGUCUGAUGUAUCAAGUAGAGUAUGAAUAGGAUGCACUUGCCGCGAA